AAUGUUUUUCAUGAAACACAAUGUACGAAGAAAGGGCGAAUUUAGGAGACGAAGUAAGAUUCCGUUUCAUUUUAUUAUGCGACCAAAACUUCCGACGAAAUGAAAUCGAAUUUUCCGUAUUAAUUUUCGUUUGUUUGGAAAACUCAAAGCGCACCCCGUUUCCUAAAUAUAUUGAUAUCUUUUUAUUAAACGUUUGUCAGAUUUUAUUUACUUUCAUUCCUUUUACUUUGACGUUUCGUCUUUUCACAAGAAAACGCAAAUCUCCAGUGAUUAUUAUUAUUAUUAAUUGCAGCAUGGAUUCAGAAACCAAAUACAAGUUGACGUAUUUCCCUGUGAAGGCGAUCGCUGAACCGAUUCGUUACUUGCUCUGCUACGGUAAUUUGAAGUUCGAGGAUGUCCGGUUGAAUCCGGACAGUUGGAAGUCCUUCAAGGAGACCACGCCUUAUGGGCAGGUCCCAAUUUUGGAGAUCGACGAUCACGUUGCCCAUCAGAGCAUUGCCAUCUGCAGGUAUCUGGCAACAGUCGUCGGAUUGUCGGGGGAAAACGCUUUGGAAAAUCUGGAGAUUGAUUCAAUAGUCGACACCAUUGCAGAUUUCCGAAAUCAUGUUGGAAUCUACAACAAAGAGGAUAACAACAGCCCGAUAAAAAGCGUUUUACGAGAAACCCUGAUGAACGAAACUCUUCCCUAUUAUCUGAAGAGAUUCGAGAAAAAGGCGUCCGGUGGUUACAUUGCUUUGGGAAGGCUUUCAUGGGCUGACUUGUAUUUCAUCAGCCUACUGGAUUACUGUAACGGCGUCCUCAAGAUAGACGUCCUCGAAGGAUAUCCCAACUUGAUAGAACUACGCAAAAAGAUUAUAGGAAUUCCUGCCAUCAAAGAAUGGAUCGAGAAUCGUCCAUCCUCUGAUUAUUAAUCUGCAUACACAAAUUUCC